AUGGCAAGCUGUACCAUCGCACCCCGGCGGGAUCCCGUCCGCUGGCGUGUAUUAUCCAUGACUCCCAGUUUCCAGGACAAUAUCAAAAGCACAGGGCAGUUGGCCAGCGGAGCGGCCUGGGCCGGAACUGCACCUUGGUGUAAUGGACGGUGCAACUCUGGAGAGCUACAAGUCGCGGUUGCCUCUGAAGGAAGUCCUGAUCUGAUUAUCUCUACUUCCCCCUUUGGUUCUGAUUGCCUCUUUGGAAGCAAAGCUCUGUGUACAACGCAAUAUAGUUCUUGCACGCUCUCCAGCACCACUCUUCAAAUUCAGUGUAGCAGUACCGCCGCUGGUCCUGGGGGUUUCUAUUCUACCUACAAGCUCACGGGCUGUUCCUGGGUGAAUCCUGGUCCGCUUUGCGCCAGUUCGAGCACUCGGGCUGUCGCUGUUCGCACGACGGCGUUCAAGACAACCCCGUGGGACUAUAGUGGGCCGUUAUUGCUUGACGCGAACGUUGAGGUAUCUUGUUGCGCAUGA